AUGUCGGGUCACAAUACAAAUCAAAAGCCUCUCAUGUUCACCAAAACCCUUUCAUUAAAGAUCAAGGUUAUUAGCCUUACCUUCCAUAACCUGUUGUACGAUUAUGGCAAAGGAAAGCCAUUGUCCUCGGGCGGACCGCAUGUGAAUGUGGGCUCCGCUACCAUUGCCGCCCUUUUGAAGGAAUGCGACCGCUUUCAAAUCACCGCUCUCACCCGCCCGACUUCCAGCUAUUCGCCGCCAAAUGACAGCAUCAACGUCAUUACCACCGACUUCGACUCCUCGGGCUCCCUUAUCAGUACCCUCCGCAACCAAGACGCUCUCCUCUGCUGCGUCCCAGGCGGCCAGGCUAGGGUCGCUGCUCAAAAGUUGCUCAUCGAUGCGGCGAUCGAAGCAGGGGUGAAGCUGACCUUUGCUAGCGACUAUGUGGCCAACAUUUAUGAGUUCACACUACCAGACUUUCCCGAUGGAAUUCGGCUCGAACUGGGCGUCGCUGGCUUCGACAUUCCCGCCCGUCGCGCCACAAUCUACGGCGCCGGCAACAACCUCGCCUGCUGGACGUCCCUCCCGGUCAUCCCCACCGCCGUAGUCAACAUGCUGCUUCACCCAGCCGCCAUAGUAAACCGCAGCAUUUUAAUCUCCGGCGUGCUGAACCCAACACACAACAAAAUUCUCGCUGCUCUGGAAACCGAGACAGGGAAGGAAUUGAGCGUUGAACAAGGUGAUGUGAAUCAGAUCAAGAGUGGUGCAAUGGAGAAGCUGGAGAAAGGGGAACUGAAGGCUGCGACCAGAGAGUUGACGAUUAGUGCGCAGUCCAAUGACGAGGAGGGGUCGGCGGAUUUUUGGGAUUUGGUGGAGGACGAAGCUGUGGGGGUGCAGGCUGUGGAUGUGAGGGAAGCGGUAAGCGAGUAUUUGCUAGAGCAGAAGCUAAAGUGA